AUGCUUCGACGCACUUCACUGAGGGCGAUAAAGCCGUAUUUACACGCCUUUUCCCCCGGGGCCCGUGCCUCCGAGAAGGGGAUGUUGUACCGCAACAGUAACAUGAAUGCCCACGCGCGCGUCGCUUCCAUUCAACAAGCGCAGCGGACGCAUCGCGAAGGUAAAAUUUUCCUUAUGUUGUUAGUUCCAGAUCAAGUUUUUCUAUCGGUAGUGCUUGUUGGCGUUUCCCUUGUUGCUGUCCUCCUUUACUUUCGUCAGCAGCCAUUCAGCUUCAACACCCACAAACAGCGGUGGAUCUUAGGUGCCAUAAAUGAGCACGAGUUUUAUCAGCGCAAUCGGGAGAUGAGCAACGUUUUGGCGGCUCACAGGGAGGCAAUUGAGGGGACCAGGGACGUCAUUGGCGAUUGUCCCAAAGUAUUCGAACCGCCAGUGGGGUCGCAUUACAUUAGUCGUUCCGGUGACUUUGCACCGCGGAGUGAUUAA